AUGGCCACGGCGCCCGAGCCGUUCAUCAAAGUGCCACUGGAUUGGAAGAAGCUGCUGCCCGGCAAGAAGCGGGACGUGAACCGCGACAUGGCGGACCUGCCAUACACGGAGCCGGAGCUGAUCCAGCAGUGCCAGAAAGAGUAUGAGGAGGCUGCGCAGCACGGCGGCCAGGAGGCGCUGGAUGCCUGCUUUAGGCUGUCGUGGGCGCUGGUGCACUCGCAGGUGCCCGGCGAGGUGCAGCGCGGCAUCGAGCUGGCCGAGGCGCUGACCGACAGCGCGGGGCUGGACCAGCGGGACCUGCUGUACCUGGUGGCGGUGGGCAAGUACCGGCAGCGGCGGUACAUCGAGGCGCGGCGCACGCUCAAGGGGCUCAUGCAGGUGCACCCCGAGUUUCGGCAGGCGGAGGGGCUGCUGGAGGCGUGCGACAGAGAGAUUGUGAAGGAUGGGCUGGUGGGGGUGGGCGCCGGCGCCGCCAUCCUGGGCGCCGUGGCAGCCAUCGCCGUGGCAGCGAUGCGGAAAUAG